AUGGGAGAUUUGCCUACUGAACGUGUGACUCCAACCUAUCCGUUUUUGAAUACCGGAGUUGACCUUUGUGGGCCCUUCUUCUAUCGCCACAACAACCGAAAAUCACCACCAAUCAAAAGCUACGUUGUUAUCUUUGUGUGUCUCGUAACAAAGGCUGUACAUAUAGAUUUGGUGGCUGACCUUUCUACCAACGCAUUCAUAUCAGCCUUGAAGCGGUUUGUCGCACGCCGUGGCAAACCAGCAGUAAUCGAAUGCGAUAAUGCAAAAAAUUUCGUUGGAGCAUCUCGCGUGCUAGGAGAUCUCUGUAAGCAGUUCAACUCUCAACAACAUCAGCACACUAUCAGCUCCCAUUGUAGCGAAGAAGGCAUCCAGUUCAAAUUUAUCCCUCCGCGAUCCCCAAACUUCGGGGGACUCUGGGAAGCUGCCGUAAAGUCGUUCAAGAAACACAUGAAGGCUUCGAUUGGUACAUCCGUCCUACUCAAAGAUGACCUUGAGACGCUCAUCACACAGAUCGAAGGCUGUCUAAACUCGAGGCCGCUAACCCAACUGUCAUCGGAACCCGAAGAUUUGGAAAUUCUUACGCCGGGUCAUUUCCUUGUUCAUCGUCCCCUUGUGGCCACGGCGGAACCAUCGUAUGAAGCAAUUCCAACAAACCGUCUGGAUCGCUACCAGCAAAACCAGGAGUUUGUACGACGCAUCUGGAAGCGUUGGAGCACCGACUACCUCUCUGGCCUGCUCCCACGUACAAAAUGGACGUUUCAGAGCGACAACAUUACCAUCGGAACGAUGGUGCUUGUGAAGGAGGACAACCUUCCUUCCCUCAAAUGGCGUUACGGUCGCAUCACUCAAAUCUACCGUAGCGAUGAUGGAAACGUACGAGUGGUCACGGUGAAGACCAAGGAUGGCGAAUUCCGGCGCGCAAUAUCUAAUAUUUGCGUGCUACCUAUUGAACGCCCAGCGACUACUGGGGGUGAUAAUGUUCUCUCCAAUACCUAA